AUGGUAAUUGCAGCCGUUGGGUUGAAUUUUGGUGUCCUCCUAUACAAUUUCAUCAAGCCGCGACAAAUCACCUCCUUUAGCAUUUACCUCAUAGCGUUAUAUUUGGCCAAUCUGGUCUUCUUUCUCGCUGCGCGUCCUUUCCUGAUGAUCAGCGAGGUGUACGCCACCUGGACGCUGGGUCGUAGUAUGUGUAUUUUUUACUUAUACGUGGCCAAAGUGGUCAGCAUUAUCCCAGUGUACAUGCACGUCCUGAUUAGCGUUAACCGUCUGUGGGCCUAUAUCUUUCCGCUGCAUUAUCGCUCCUAUCAUACCAAGUCUGUGGCAUUGCUAAUCUCCUUAGCGGCGGUUGCGUGGGUACAUGUGUUUGCUUUAUCAGGAUUCCUUGUGGAUAUCUUGCGGAAUUACCGGCGCGAGCACAUCCCUAACUGCACAAGCUAUGCAGGAUUCAUAAUGGCGUGGAAACAUACCGAAUAUGUUGUUGAUCGCAUCUUGCCUUUAUGUUUCAUCGUUUCUGCUUACACGUACUUGGUAAUCAAGCGCCGGCAAAACGAAGAAGGCACAAUUCAGCUGUUGCACCACAACGGGCGUUAA